AUGAGUGCCGACGCUGUCUGCAGGGCAGAAGCGGACUCGGAGCACAACGCCGAGCUAGAUGACAUGGUGGCUGCCAUGAACGUGUCUGCCAACCGUAUGACCCCGCCUAAUGGCUGCAGGUCAGGUGCUCCAAGGGCCACCAGCUCUCACAGAGCUCGCCUCUCUGACAGGAAGAUGUCGCUGCAGGAGCGCCGCAUUUCUCGGCAGCCAACCAUUGAGACCAAACGUGUGUCUAUCACAGACGCUGAUGACUUUGUCCAGCUCAACCAGUAUAAGUUGAAGAAUGAGAUUGGAAAGGGUUCAUACGGCGUGGUGAAACUAGCUUAUAAUGAAGAUUCUGAACAGUAUUAUGCAAUGAAAGUUGUUUCAAAGAAGAGGCUAAUGAGACAGUGGGGAUUUUUGCGCCGCCUGCCUCCUCAGGGGAAGGAUGCAGUCCCUAAAGCCACAAUGCCCCUGGAGAGAGUGUACAAGGAGAUCGCCAUCCUUAAGAAACUGCACCAUCCUCAUGUGGUGAAACUAGUGGAGGUACUUGAUGAUCCUGAUGAAGAUGGACUUCACAUGGCUUUCGAAUUGAUGCCGAAAGGACCAGUGAUGGAGGUGCCUACAGACAUCCCUUUUACAGAGGAGCAGGCUCGCUUUUACUUCCGAGACAUCAUCUUGGGUAUAGAGUAUUUGCACUACCACAAGAUCAUCCACAGAGACAUUAAACCUUCCAACCUGCUGCUGGGGGACGACGGUCAUGUCAAGAUCGCAGACUUUGGAGUGAGCAACGAGUUUGAGGGGUCAGACGCCCUCCUGUCGAGCACAGCGGGGACGCCAGCCUUCAUGGCCCCUGAGAUGAUGACUGAAUGCGAGCAGAGCUUCAGCGGAAAGGCAUUAGACGUGUGGGCGAUUGGAGUCACACUCUACUGUUUUGUCUUUGGGAUGUGCCCUUUUUAUGAUGAAUAUAUCGUUUCUCUGCACAACAAGAUCAAGAACAAACCUGUGGAGUUUCCAGAAGCGCCAUCGAUAAGUGCUGAACUGAAGGAGCUCAUUGAAAGGAUGUUGGAUAAAAACCCUGAAACAAGAAUCACCAUCCCUGAAAUUAAGCUCCACCCGUGGGUGACAGAGAAUGGCUCAGAUCCUCUCCCUCUGGAGGAGGAACACUGCACGGCAGUAGAGGUCACAGAGGAGGAGGUGCAGAACAGUGUCAAACUCAUCCCCAGCCUCUCAGCUGUGAUUCUGGUGAAGUCCAUGCUGAGGAAGCGGUCUUUCAGUAAUCCCUUUGAGUGUCAGGUCAGACGGGCAGAGAGGUCCAUGUCUGCCCCUGGAGGUCUUCUUACUGGUUCUUGGGGCUUAAUAGGGUCUUCACCUCAUCUUCAUCCUUCCUUGAGGAAAAUCAGCAACGAGGGGAGCAGAGAUGGAGAGUUGGAGGACUUGUACGAAGAUGACACAUUUAUAGACUGCACAGAAUAA